UUACAGUGAAAAAUCUUAACUAAGAUUUAAUAAAAAAAAAUACAAAAUUAUGCCCAUGUAAAAUAUUAUGCUUACCACAAACUUAAUUUUGUGAUUUCUGGAUUAAUAACAGCUCACUUAAUUAAGGAAGGUGGACAAAAACGUGCAUUCACAGUGGACUCUGGGACUGAACAUGACAGCAACUAAUUUAAAUCUGUGGUGUAUCUUGAGUAAAGACACUUGGAAAAUGAAUGUGUUUAUAGUAGUACAAGGUUAAAAGAAAGUAUUUUUACAUGAAUGUUUAUUUCAAAUGACAGUCAGCUUGCUUACCAAUGGCACAGCCAGGCAGCAAACUGAAUAAGGUGAUAAAAGUAUUUUUUUUUUUGGAUGUUUAAUAGUGCAUGGUUGCGCUGCUGCUGCACAACAAGGAGACCACAGUUCAUGUCCUGAGUGCUUUCUUGUGUGUGGUUUGCAUGUUAUCCUUGUGUCUGUGUGGGUUUUCAUCCUUGUGGUCCAGUUUCCUUCCGCAGUUCAAAGAAAUGCAAGUUAGGUGAAUCAGUGUUGUCCCUUGUGUGUUUAUCCUGAGAUGAGCUGCUGUCCUGUCUAGGUGUUGUUCCUGCUUUGUGCCCAGUGCCCUGUGAUAGUCACUGGCUGACCCACAAACCUGCCCUGAAUAGGCGAGCUGCAUCUUAAAAAUGAAGAAUGAUAAUUUGAUGUUUUGUUUUCAGUAUAAUCAUCUCCAUUUGCUUACAGCAUGUCUCAUAUCUGCAUAAAGCUGAUGUCAGAUAGUUGGAAUCUGGACUUAAAAAACAACUGGUAUUCUGUUUAUGUAUAAGUAAGUAAUUACUGAUGGGAGAGAAAGAGGAGAUGCAAAAGUAGUUUUCAGAUGGAAACUUAAACUUUCCUUCUUGAAAUAACAAUUAAAAAAGAGAAUAAGAAAACAACACAAUGCAACAACAAAAACUGAAAAUCAGUUACAGCUGUGAACUAACAACAGUUGAGUUGCACUCCUUUAAUAUCUUGUCUGAGUUUCUUGCAGGCACCACUGCUUGAUGUCUCUAUAGCAUAGAGCCAGCGUGCUUCUGAAUUUGUAGCCAUAUGUUGUUAUCCCAUUCCUGCAGAUGAGCUUGACCAAGUUACUAGCCGUUUUACAGGCACGGUGCCACAUCUCUGGAUGCUUGCGAUCCAUGACAUUUCAAACAUCCUAUUGGAUUACAGACAAGAAUGCCGGCCAACACAGCACCAGUAUACCAGCAUUUCUCAAAACAUUUUUGACAUCAGUAGGUGCAUGUGGCCUGGUUUUCUCCUGCUGUAGGGGUGUAUGGAACAUCUCCCUUUCUGUUCUGACAUUGGUGGCUGCCUGCAUUUUCAGCAACAGUAUGGAAGACAGCUGAAAUGAUCUCUCAAUUGGACCAGUCUGAUAUGUCAGUCCUGCACUGGUGUGGUCACUCAAGGGCACCAGAUCUUGGACAGUAAUCAGUCCUAUCAAUCUGCUGAAAAUAUGCCUGGAGUUGGGAAACAGUGGAGCAGCCAGAUCCGUAGUGUCUGGCAACACUAGCACAUUACAUGCCUGCCAAGCUUGGAAUUAAGUGUCUUUUAAAGAUGACCUGAUGAAACAAUUUUCCACUUGGAUCUCAUUGGACUAAAUAAGGGUAGUAACAAGUCCCACAAUUCAAUGACUGACAUGGAAAAGGAACCCAAAAUGUCUUUCAAAGAGAUUAUAAAAUUGGGCAGCAAACAUAAAGAAGAGGCUUUGAAAGAGAAAUAUAUUCACAGAGUGGAUACGAGUCAUCCAUUGGACAGUGUGCUUUCUGAAGAGGAAACUAGGAAGCAAAAGCCUGUCUGUAUUAAGGAGGAGCAAAAUGAGAAAGAACUUGGUAACUAUGAGGAAACAUUUAACUCUUACUCCAUUAUCAUUAAACAAGAGAGUUGUGAGCAGGAGUAUUCCCCAUUGGGGCAGGAAGUGUGUGAAGAAAAUUAUACAUUAAUUAAGGAAGAUCAGCAAAACAUCAUAAUUAAAGAAGAACUCAGUGAUGAGCAGUGGACACAAACAACAGAACAUUUCUCUGAAUUACAGUGUGUCAGAAUUAAAGAGGUCUGCGAGCAGAACAGUGUCCACAUUAAAAAAGAGGAAUCUGAGCAAGGGUUUGCCUCUGUUCAGCAGCUCGAUAAACCAGUAACAGAAUGCAAAUGCCCUGAAGUGCAAGAAGUUGUAAAUUUAGGGUCCUCUCCAGCACAAGUGGUGUUUGCAAAGCAUUGUGGUGCUGGGUCUCCACAACCUGAGAACAUGUUGACUGAGGAGGACACAUCCAAGAACGAAGACCAAGAAUCUGUCAGACAAAAGGAAAACACUUAUGCAAUGGAGAAAUCUGGCCCGUCUUGGUCUUCAUUAGGCUAUGCCUAUCUCCAUGGUAAACUCCAGCAGAGAUUGCAAGAGAUCUCCGCACUAAAUGCAAAUGCUUCUUUAGGGCCUGUGAGCAUGGAAAACCCUUCUUUACAAUGGCGGCCUCUGCCAGUAGAUAAGAUUAUGAGUUUAUACGCUGUUACCCCUCAGCGCAUCCAGACUACUGCCAUUCUUCAUUUCUGCCAUGUCUGUGGGAAGGGGUUUAAACAAAGGUCACACUGUGACCAUCAUCAACGAAUUCACACAGAUGAGAAGCCAUAUUCUUGUGUUGAGUGUGGAAAGAGAUUUCGAUGGAAGUGUGAUCUUCAGACUCACAAGAGGAUUCAUACUGGAGAAAAGCCAUACUGGUGCUCUGAAUGUGGUAAGCGAUUCACUAGAUUAAGUCAUCUGCAGAGUCACAAAACUACACACACAGGAGAAAAGCCAUAUUGUUGUAUAGAGUGUGGCAAGUUGUUCACGGAUAGAUUGAAGCUUCAUAAGCACAAGAGAAUACACAAUGGAAUUAAAUCUCAUUGCUGUACAGAAUGUGGCAAGGCAUUCAAAAGUGCAAGUCACCUUAUGAUUCACAAGAGAAUUCACACUGGAGAAAAACCGUAUUCUUGUUCUGAAUGUGGCAAGAGAUUCAAAAGUGGCAGCCAUCUUCAAACGCACAAGAGAAUUCACAGUGGAGAAAAACCGUACACCUGUACAGAAUGUGGAAAAGGAUUCUUAGGGAAAAGCCCUCUUCAGAGACAUAGGAAAAUUCACACUGGAGAAAAGCCAUACUUUUGCACUGAGUGUGGCAAAAGAUUCACACAAAAUUGUAGUCUACAGACACAUAUGAGAAUUCACACUGGAGAAAAGCCAUAUUGCUGUGCCCAGUGUGGAAAAACAUUCUCUGUUAAGUAUCGUCUUCAGAAACAUGAGAGGGUUCACACAGGGGAGAAGCCCUAUUGUUGUAUUGACUGUGGCAAAAGAUUCACAGAGAAAGGUCACCUUAAGGUACAUGCAAAGGUUCAUGCUGGACCAAGAAGCUCCCUUGUUUUGGAGACUUGAAUAUGUUUAACAAUUUUAGGCAGCACUUGGCUUAAUUAAAACAUAUAUGAUACAGUAAACUGGACGGCUACCAUAAAUUUUUAUUUAAAAGGUAGUCAGAAGAGCUACUAUGGCCAUCCGAAGAAAUAUUCACGCUUACCAUGAAGUCCUUUCAUGAUAUAAGGAAAGAAGAAGGCAUUUUAACCCAAUAUACUUUGUUCAAGUAAUUGUAGGAAUUGCCCACGUAUGAAGAACCCACUACUAUAGCACAGCAGGACCUCUGCUGCACUUCUGCAGAUGGACCCAGUCUAAGAUUGCUGAAGGUUUGGGCUGAAGGUUAAUGUAGCUAAAUACAAUGUUUUAAAUAUAGGAUGUGAAAUAUAAAGAUAGGGGCAGGGAUUGUUUAUAGAAAUUAUAUUUGGAAAACCCGCUGAACCCAUUACCAUCCAGGAUCAAUAGAAAGUGGAAGGACUAAUGAAAUAGGUUGUAUAGCUUGCUGUGUAAAGAACAAGUCAAUACAAAUUGUGCAUCUUUGAGGUCACAUCAGAAAUCCUAUGCAGUUUUGGUCUUUUCACUACAAGGAUGUAAAAAUGCAAAAAAAAAAAAAAAUGCAGAAGAGGUGCAAGACUUAAUUCCAUAAGGGUGGAUCAGAGAUUUUAAAAGCAGCAGGCAUAUUAUAUUUAUAAUUGUGAAAGAAUAUGGAAAAAUAAGUUUGCUAGUUGUUCGCUUAUAAUUAUUUAUUUAACAAGGAUGUAAGGGGAAAAAGCAUCAGACAAAAUAACUAGUUAUGUGGAGCAAUUUACUAAAUAGUGUAACUUGGAGUGGUAGUUUAGGGUCUUUUGGAUCUCAAAAAAUACUUAGAAUGCCCUCUGCAAAUUUGGAAUUGGUGAGUUUUUUUUGGAAUGAAUACCUUAGCACUCAUCAAAAUGUGUUAUUAACUUUGCAUAUGCGCAAAAUGUGCUCAAAGUGAUCAGGCACAAGCAACUCUGAAUAAACAGCAGACUCCCCAAAUGCAGUUUUUUACUGUUAAAAUGGCAUAUUCAAAAUACUCACUGCUGCUCUUGAAGUUGUUCUGCAUAGUUGUUACUGGAAUCUGCUACAACGUUAAUGGGAUGAUGUCACAUUCUACUCUCACUCCUGUUCACUGACUUGCUAACAUGACAAGCCCUCCAUUGCUCCAGAUGUACCUGUCAGAAGGACAACAGUGAGAUAUGGAGGAACCAACCAAUCUGAAAAAGUAAAGUACACUCUAAAGUUUUAUUACUUCCUUCAGGUUGGAGUUUGGGAGAUAACUUAGCAGCUGACUUUCUAAUUAAAUGAAAUGGACUAAAGACUUACAAUUUGUGGAAAUCACCAGAAAGUAUCCACUGCUGUGUCUGCUGUGCCCAUUGUUUUUUCCUUAAGCUUGUCUCUAUUCAAGAGUUUUCGUACAUUUUUUUGAAGUUUUUAAUUACUGCCUAUCUUGUUUUGGUAAAUUCUGUAUUCUUUUAAAACGGACCACUUCCAUCUGUUUUCUUUAUGACAUGCUCUGUCCUUUACAAUGGUGAAUGAUGCCCGAGCCUAUCCUAGCACUCUGGUGCACCAUGCAGCAUGUUUAUUUCAUCAUUGCCAUUGGGAGCUACAGUAGAAGACUGCCUGUGCAUAGAUCUCCAUUUUAUAGUUGGAUCACUGCCACCACCACCACCACUCUUAAUUUCCUUAUGUCUACAAUAGAUAGUUCUAAUAGGGAUUCAGUACAUUGAAAACGUUUUGAAAUCUUGGUGCUGCAGCUCAUUCUGUAUAUCUACACAGUUGUUCAAUAUGUUUCUAUACCACACAUUUCAUCUGCUCAUCCAGGGGAGAGUUGUAUUUAUGUUUAUAUACAGUAGGCUAUUCUGAUUCUAAAACUGCAGAUGUAUAGUUUGUAAGUUUAUACAUACCUCGGUGUAAUUAGAGAGAAGGUAGACAUAAUGGCAUGGCUCAGUUGUCCAUAACUCUGCAUUUAAUUAUUGUUACAUGUAAUAAAAUUACCCAUAAUGCAUCAGGUAGGUCUUAAACAAACCAUACAUUAGCAAGGAUAAAAUGUACACAUUUAUUUAUUAGCUGUCAUUUUGUAAUAUUGUAAGAUGUUCUACUCUUAAUAGUUUGUUUUCUUGGUCAGUGUACUUUUAUUAAAAACUUUGUAGCUGGCUUUCAUUUUAAAUUGGUCGUGUUUGAUUGCUAGCUCUCAUUCUUUGUUAUUCACGCAAUAAUGUAAAACUGAUUUGGGAAAUCUUUUAAUUUCUGUUUAGUUUUACAAUUUACAGAAUUGUGAUAUUAAGUAGGAUGUGUUCCGUGAAAUUCAUAAAAACUGAAAGAUUUGUAAUGCUUUUUUGAUCCACUAUAGUCAAGUAUGAAGACGUAAUUGUUCAUUAAAACCCUGAUUUUGUUUAAUGAAAAGGAAAAAUAACAUUCAUAUUUUGCCAAGAUCACUUAUCUUUGUUAAAAUCAGGUAACAUAACAAAUGAAAAUAAACUAAAAUGUCAAUGACACAUUAACUUUUGCUAUGAUUUAUAAAAGUGCUGCCAAAAAUAUUAAUUUUAUAAGGUUGUGAUUAGCACUGUUAUGCCACUGCUUCAUGGAGUACACUCUGGAUUAUUCACCCGGUACCCGGUUUUCAUCCCACAUCAUAAAGGUUAUGGUUCAUGUUAAUCAGUGAUGAGGUCCAUGAAGGUGCUCGGCUGGCAUCCUCACGAUAGUUUGGUCCUGCCCUGUGGCCAGUGGUGUUGGGAUUAACUGCAGACUCUGCAUCAGUAAAUUCCAUUGAGUAUGUUUAAAAAAUGAUGGAUGUGUUAAAUUUGAAGCACCAAUGGCUCACAGUUGAAAUGCUGCAUUCAGAUCUCUGGCCAGUUAGUGUCUGCAUGGAGUUUGCACAUUUUCCCUGUAUCUGUGUACUCCAGUUUACUGCUAAAAGUUUAAGAAAUACAAUGUUGUUUGUAUCUGUAAAGGAGAAAGGAGACCGCGCUUGCUGGGUGGAAAGAGUGGUGUUAUGUUAUAUUGCUUAUUACAUUGAUAUUGAUUUAUAUUGUGAAUCCUUCCAAAUUCUAAUUCCAUGCAUAACACUACACCUAGUACUUCAGUUCCCACUGCUUUAAGUUUUCCAAGGAAACAAGCACUCAAUGGCACCAUUUCUGGUACACUAUAUUAAUAUGAAAACCUUGGGGCUACUGAUUGUUAGAUGUCUAUUGACUUAGAAUUGGUACUUUGCUGGGAACGUGCUUUGUUGUGACACUUUAGUAAUUACAGUUGCCAUUUGCAGAUCAAAAUCAGAGAGUAUAAAUGUGCUUUCCCACCUCCCGUUACACACAUACUGCUGAUGACAAUUGAUACACUUUGUUGCCAGAGAUCAGGCCUGUUUUUUAUGUAUUUAUUUAUUUAUUGGUAGAGCUCGCAAUACCCACAGCAGCAGUAACAUACUGCUGUUCAAUACAUUUGUGCUUAUUGGUGACACUCGUGCUUAUGAAAUCCAGUAAAGGUGCUUUGAGUACCUGUAAUUUAGUGAGAAGAACUUCUGUGUGAGUGGCUGCUCUAUCAGCCAAUAAAGGUCUGCACCAUUGUGAUUGCAUAUUAAUGAGGUUAAUUUGCAUAUUUGGUUAUAUAAGGGUGGCGACUGCAAAGAGUUUGCGGUGCACUCAUGCAUUAAUACAAGAUGAUUAUGAAUCGUAAAGCUAAAUUGCAUAUGAAUGUGCACAUGCCAGGUUUUAUAAAUCUGGUUUUAUUUUUGAGUGCACAAAUUUUCUGUUUCAUACGUGCAUAUUUUCACAGUUGAAUCCCCACAAAGUUUUAUAAAUGAGAGCCUGGCCUUGUAAAUCACCUUGGAUACACACGUGUCACCCAGAUAUACAGUGCAUAAAAAAAGUAUUCCACACCUUAACCAAUUGUUAUUUUUUUUUGUUUGUUUUUUAUUUACUGUGUAGUAAAA